AUGGCCGAAGAUAGCUCCGCCGCCUGGCCCAUUGCCGACGAGACUCUGUCGCAGUCUCUUCUGGACCUCGUCCAGCAGGCUGGUCACAUCCGCCAGCUUAAGAAGGGCGCUAACGAGACCACCAAGACUCUGAACCGUGGAACUUCUGACCUCGUCAUCCUGGCCGCCGACACCACCCCUCUCCCCAUCAUUCUCCACCUGCCCCUCCUCUGCGAGGACAAGAACGUUCCCUACGUCUACGUUCCCUCCAAGAUGGCUCUCGGCCGUGCCACCGGUGUCUCCCGCCCCGUCAUCGCCUGCUCCAUCACCACCAACGAGGCCAGUGACCUGAACGCUCAGAUCCGCACCAUCCGCAACCAGGUCGAGCGUCUGAUGAUCUAA